UAGUAUAACCCACACACAGCUCAGUCUGUGUGUGUGUGUAGAGCCAAUUCACCACCGCAGUUACCGAAACAUGGCUGGCAUGAGGCUCGCUCCGCAAUUGCCCGGAAUUUUCUGAGGAAUUCAUUCCCGAAAAGCCCCUGACGAUUGAAUGAACGUUGAAUUACAAGUGUUGAAUAAAAAUGUCACAGUGCAUGCGAUCGGUGUCCAGCAGGCUCAUGACCUGCGUCAACUCGAGGAAACGGCUGAUGCAAGUUGACCGCCGGCUGCCAAAACACACGAAACGAUGUGCACUUCUUCAAAAGUACGAUACAUUAUCUGUCAGUCAACCAAAAGUGGAUGAAGUGACAGUACCAUACCUGACGAACCGAUUUAUCGUCGGCAUUCAUGGGAAUCACUUGAGACCUUACUCAACUACUUCUAGUAGUCCCAAAGAAUCUGUAGUCGUGCAGAACUACGAUCAGUCCCCGGACGAUGCGACGGGCGAUGAGGGGGCGAGGGGACACUCCCCGAACCAAUUGGAAGUUGUAUAUAAUACUCUGCAGAAGGAUCUUCCCAAGAUAUUCGUAUCUUCCAUCGAUUAUCGUAUCUACCACAAAGACAUGGAGUUCAUAAAUAAUUUGAAAGGGACAACAUCAAAAGGACUCAGUAGUUAUAUUAAACAAAUAUUGUACCUGAGGACAUCAGCCCACAUGAUGUAUGCCUACGUUAAAUUCGAUAUCCUGAAAAUAACGAUGCACCCGGAGGACAAUACCGUCAAAGUCCGGUGGCGAAUUAGGGGUUUAUCAAGCCUCAAAGUCUUCACAAUGUUCUGGAAACUGAGGAUUCUGAAGACGGCUGAGAGCAUGCAGGGACUUGAAUCCUGGCACGACGGCUUCUCCACGUUCCACGUAGGCUCAGACGGUCUGGUACACAAGCACGUGGCCGACAAAAUCAUGCCCGACGACGAGGCAGUCCCCGCAAAAGCCAAGCCGGACAUAGCAGCCAAACUGGCAGCGUGAGUUCUGCUCUCAGGAUCUCCAGGAGAUCCAGCGGUCACCCAUUCCCAUCAGGCGUCCACCGUCACGCAUUAGAGAAAAAAAAGAAAACUCCACGAAGCCUUCACCCACUGCAAAACCGUGGACUCACCGAAUUGAUCAACACUUAACUAAUUAAUUCCACUUAUGCAUAUUUAUUUAUGAUUACAAAACGUGAAAAAUGUUGCUCUCGAUCAUUGGUAAGAAGUAAUCAGCAAACUUUCUCCAGUCUCUCGUGUCUAGAGUUUAAGCGAAUAGUUGGAGCUUUACGUGUUUGUUGAUUUUAUGAAUAAAAGUCAAUUUGAUUUAUAUACACAUGA